AUGAACCUUGGAAAAGAAGCAAGUACACAGCUGGCAAAGGAUUAUGUCAUAAACUGGACUCUACGUAUGAAAGGACCAGCAAACCCAAAAGUGAAUGGGAAAGUCCCAGCAUCCCGACCAAACCAGGAACAUCAAAACGUUCCAAAAAAAGGGAAAACCCGAACCCAUGUCCUUUCUUCUUGUGACCUGCCUGUGCCCUUUCUUGAUUUGAGAUUGUGGGGAAAUGCCGGAGCCCGUUGGGAGGGAGGUGUUGGGCCGGACACCCCAAGAGCGCGGUGGGUCCGCGCUGUGAGGCGCGAGGCGCGUGACCUGGAGGCCGAGGGUGAGCAGGUGCUCGCCCUAUACGACGUGUGGGAUGCCUGGGCCCUGAGGAUCCUCUUCGGGGAGGAGCCCACCCAGCCCGACCUGACGGAGGAGGGCUGGUCCCUGGAGCAGCCAAUCCGAAGCCUCUUGUUUUAUUUUCAAAAAAGUGUUAAGUCAACGCUGAUGGUCAAUGUAGAAUCGUCAGAGCUUGACAGAGCGGAGGAGUUAUUACCCCCUGAGCUGCUGGAUAUCCUUGGGGAAGACCCAAGUAAACCCAAAGAAGUCCCCAUUACAUUCAAUGCAGCAAUCAAGGUUAGAAUGCAGAAAUGGCUUCAAGAAGGACUCCAAGAGGAUGUUAAGAAGAGUAUCCUCGAGAAAUAUCCUAAAAAAGGAGAAUUACGCCUGGAAACUCCAAAAAUCAAUGUGGAGAUCAGAGCAGCCCUAUCCGAAAUUGCCAAGAAGCGUGAUGUUCAUUUUGUGAAUUCACAAAAUUCAGCAGGAUCAGCACUGUCAGCUCUGGGAGCAGCAAUGUCAAUGGUCGUUGACAAUCCAGAGGAUGGCAUUGACCAAGAAUUGUUGGUAUCAUACCUCUGGGAUGCAUCAAAGUUGAUGUGUGAUGUUUUUCAUCAAUUCUCAGUAGCUAGAAGAUCAUUCAUCACGCCGUUACUGAAUAAAUCAGUGAAACCGACAGUGGAAGCCACUAAACCUGACGAGUGGCUCUAUGGCGAAAAAUUCGCCGAGCAGAUCAAGGAGGCAAAAACAGUGGAGAAGGCCUGCGCCAAUAUCAAGGCUCCGGAGAAACCCUCAAUCACAGCCAACAAGGGACAGGGAAACGUCAGACACCCACCUGCGAGAUACAAGCAGAACAUUCACGCAGACAUCCCGCCCUGCGAGCUCCAAGACGUCAUCAACGUCGAAUCGAGCGACGAUAACAAAGAAAUAGAUGAGGUAAUCAUCCCUGCCGGUCGUUUGAGAUUAUUUACUGACGUUUGGAGAGAAAUUACAACAGAUAAAUUCAUAAUCCAGUGUCUUCAGGGAUAUAAAAUCCCGUUCAGAAAAAUUCCACAUCAAUUUAAACCUCCAAAUGCUCCGUCUCGGUUAGCAAAAAAUUGGACCACCAUUAGCGCAGAGAUUGAGAAAUUAUUAAUCAAAGGCGCAAUUGAGGAAUGUUCAGAGGAGGAAGGACAAUUUAUUUCGUCAUAUUUUCUUAUUCCUAAGCCUGAUGGCUCCAACAGGUUUAUUUUCAAUUUGAAGAGAUUAAAUCGAUUUGUUGUACAAAAGCAUUUCAAAAUGGAAGAUAUAAGAUCAGUUAAGAUCCUUCUGAAUCAAGGGGAUUGGAUGGCAUCUUUAGACUUAAAAGACGCAUAUUUUUUAAUGCCUGUACAUAGGGAUCAUCGUAAAUAUUUACGAUUCCAAUUUAAUGGGAAGCUUUUCCAAUUUACAUGCCUACCUUUUGGUUUAUGUUCCAGUCCGUAUGUUUACACAAAGAUCUUUAAACCUGUCAUGUAUAAAUUAAGAAUUCAGGGUAUUCGUACAGUGAUUUAUAUUGACGAUCUUAUAAUUAUCGCAAAUUCGUAUUCCGAAUGUUCGAAUCAAGUGAAAAUAGCUCGGGACUUGAUUGAACGAUUGGGGUUUAUAAUUAAUUAUCAAAAGAGCUCGUUGAUACCUAAUCAGCGUUGCAGAUAUUUGGGGUUUAUAAUUAAUUCAAUAGAUUAUCGGUUAGAACUCACUGACAAGAAAAAAGAACAAAUUUCCACCUUAUGCGGUGAGUUACAAAUAGGAAUAUCAUGUCAAAUCCGUGAAUUUGCAAAAUUACUUGGUAUUUUGACAGCGGCUUGCCACGCGGUUGCAUAUGGGUCAAUUCAUUGUAAACAUUUAGAAAGAAAAAAGUUUCUAGCCUUGUUACUGAAUGAUUAUAAUUAUGAGGGCGAAAUGAUUAUUGAGGAAUCCAUGAUGAAAGACCUGAACUGGUGGGAAAGAAAUUCGUUGAUAGGAUUUAAUCCUAUUAGAACGAACGAUUUCAAGAUGGAAAUUUUUUCGGAUGCAUCGCUCACAGGUUGGGGAGCACACUGCGAAGGGGUAAGCUCUCAUGGAUUCUGGUCAAUAAAAAAUAGGAAGUUCAGCAUCAAUUACCUUGAAUUACUUGCGGUGUUCCACGGGUUAAAAUGUUUUGCAUCUCGCCUUUCGAACUGUGAGAUUCUUCUGAGGGUUGAUAAUACCACGGCUAUAUCAUACGUCAACCGAACAGGUGGGGUACAGUUCCCUCAUCUAAGCAAUUUAGCCAGGGAAAUUUGGAGCUGGUGUGAAAGUAAAAACCUGUGGGUGUUUGCCUCAUACAUAGCUUCAGAAGAGAAUAUAGAGGCAGAUCGAGCCUCUCGAAUUUUGAAUAUAGAUACGGAAUGGGAAUUGAACAAAAAGAUAUUCAAAGAAAUUUCUCAGAAAUUUGGUCCAUUCUCUAUCGACUUGUUUGCAUCAGAAUCAAACAGAAAGUGUGAGAGGUUUUGCUCUAGAUUCCCUAGUCCUGGAACUUGUACGGUAGAUGCUUUCACCAUUCCGUGGAGAACUGAAAGGUUCUACGCUUUUCCACCUUUCUCACUAAUUUUGAGAACUUUACAAAAAAUUUCACGAGAUAAAGCAGAGGGUAUUGUAGUAGGAGAAGAUCCAUCCGCUAGCACCGAAACUCUCUUUGAUGGCAGGAGUUUUAUCAGGAAAGCGUUCUUGAAUAAAGGGGUCGAUGAAGAGGCAGCAGAAAUUUUAGUGGAUUCACUUGCCUCAUCGACAAUUAAACAAUAUCAAAGUGCCUUACGUCCAUGGAGAGAUUUCAGUUUAAAAAAUAAUAUAAAUCCAUAUAAGUCGAGUUCAACAGACAUUAUCAAAUUUCUCUUCGAGAAAUUUCAAAAUGGGGCGAGUUAUACAGGGCUAAAUACUACCCGUUCUGCAAUCUCUCUAAUUUCAUCUGAAGAUAUUCAUACCGAUGGAUUAAUCUCGCGUUUUCUAAAAGGGAUUUAUAGGAAAAAACCGAGCAGACCAAGAUAUGCCUCAACUUGGGACCCUGCGCCAGUGUUAGAUUAUUUAAAAAAUCUUAAACCCCUUGUGGAUUUAUCACUUAGAGAAGCCACAGAAAAAGUAGUGACUCUUAUGGCUUUGACCACUGCGCAUAGAUUACAAACCCUUGCGGCUAUAAACAUAGAUAAUAUUGAGUACUCCGAUUCAGGUAUAAAAAUAAAAAUUCCCGAUUUAAUAAAGACGUCUAAAGCAAAGAGUUUCCAACCUGAACUUGUACUACCAGUAUUUAAAGCAAAACCAGAAUUGUGUGUCGGCUCACUCAUCAAAGAAUAUUUAAAAAUGACUAAUGAGUUCAGACCGAAAAAUAAUAAGAAUUUAUUUAUUUGCACUCGUAAACCCUAUGAAAAAGCAUCAACAGAUACACUGAGCCACUGGAUAAAAUCUACUUUAAAUAAAGCAGGAGUGGAUACAACUCAGUUUACAGCAUAUAGCACGCGUCAUGCCUCUGUUUCUGCGGCUUAUCGAGGGGGUGUUAGUAUUGAUACCAUUAGACGCACUGUGGGAUGGUCAAAAAACUCUCAGGUGUUCGCCAAAUUUUAUAAUAAGCCUCUGACUAACACAGAAGACUUCGCAUUAAGUAUAUUGAAUACCUAA